GUUCUCCCUCCGCGUGCUGGUGGGGGACGUGGCGCAGCAGAGCAACCUCGUGUGCGGCUGCCUCGCCGCCUCCGACCGGCUCGCCCUGGCCACGCUAGCGCAGCGCGCGGACGCCUCGCUGCACGAGGCGCUGCGGAGCCCCCCCGCCGCGGAGGCCGACCGCGUGGAGCUCGCGGCGGAGAUGGGGCAGAUGCAGCGGGCGUUCCAGCUGGGGGCGGAUGUCCCGACGUACGCGUUCCAGCUCAAGGUUGACCAGUGGCUCGACCAGGUCGAGCGGAAGGCGCGGGAGCACCUCUACCACGCCUGCGCGUCCCCGGGGUGCCCCAUGGAUAACUGGGUGCUCAAGGCGGACUUCGAGCAGGCGCGGACGGAGUCUGGCACGUGCACCUGGAUAUGCAACGCGGGCCACCAGAACACCGUGCUGCCAUCGCGGGAGGACAUCGACCAGAUGAACAAAAACAUCCUGCUGCACCCGGAAUUCUACACCGACCAGUGCGGCGUGGACUCCCUGAAGCUGCGGCGCUUCCGCCUCUGCCCGAUGUGCGUCCCAGAGGGGCUGUUGACCUUCGCCGUCCACGAGGCGGGGUGCAAGCAGUGGCCGGGCUCCGGGUCCGGGCACCGGCACCGCUUCUGCUUCCACUGCCUCAAGAAGUGGGGCACGAUGUGGGACGAGUGCAGCCACCACAAGAUGGACUGCAAGGAUCCUGGAAUCCAGCAACUCCGCAAGUCCGUGAAGGGCGGCGUGGAGGUCCUCGAGAUGGGCUUCGUCGACUCGGAGGAGUACAUCCGCUGGGUCUGGGAGGGCGGGCUGCCGCCCCCGACCGUGUUCCAGGGCUCCAAGGAGUCCGGCGUCACGCGCCAGGAGAUGCUCGGCAUGACGGAUCGCCAGGUGCUCCUGAGGGAGCUGCGGCAGGGCACCAAGUAG